AUGCUGCGUACCUUGGCCCGCCGCGCCGCCGAGCCCGGGCGCCCGGCUUUUGACAUCAACAGCAACCCCUUCAAGGCGAAGCGCCUAUGGCCACCCGACUUCUCCAAGCUCCCGCCGAAGCACCAGUUCCGUCUUGAGCGCAAGUUCCGGCGCCGAUCCCAGCUCAAGUGGGCUCGUCCGCGGUGGAACAAGUUUGUCAAGCUGUCGCAAUGGGCAACAAUCACAUUCGUCACUGUCUAUGGUGUACUCUUCAUGGACUGGAGCGACGAGAUUAAAGCGAAGGGCCGUUCUCAAGAAGACAAUCCCCAGCCGUUCCAAGGGGUAAUUGCUCCUCAUGAUUUUCAAAGUGACAUGUUCAUUGACUUUGUCAAGAUCCGCAACUGGUACAGACGCACCAUGGACUCCAUCUGGUCCAAGCCGCAAACAGAACAGCCGCAAUCACCGUCCUCAGCAGCAUCUUAA